UAAAUUUAAUUUUUGUCUGUCACUUUUUUCUUGUUGAUGUUUUGAUUUUUUUUUGUGUGAUUUUGUAAUUGAUUUAGACAAUUAAGCUUAUUGUUUCUUGAUUUUUUCUUAUUCUUAUUGUUCAUCACCAUGUCAUCAAACUUUUCACCAAUCAAAGAGCUUCCAUUCAAUAUUAGUUUCAAUGAAUUUCAGUCAGCUCUUAGUGAAAGUGUUAAUCAUGAAACAAUUUGCGAACCAAUCAAACAGCUGAUCAACAAUACUUAUCAUCGACGUAGGGACAUAUUUAUAUCAAUAAGAAAGUGGGUCGAUAUUAAAAACUAUGCAAACAAAGAUCACCAUGUUGUUAAAUGGGAGUUGAAAUCGAAUUCAAAUGAACUUUUUUUCGCCAUUGGUGUUGCUUCGAGAAAAAAAGCCGCUGCUGAUAUUGCAGCUUCUCUAUUACUAGAGAAAGUUAAUUUAGCUAUUAACUUCGAGCAAAAUAUAUCGGGGCUACCAAACUAUCGUGGACACUGUUACACUUGGCCUACACUUAUCACUUUCCUAAAUGAUCCUGAGUUUUCACGUUGUCUCAUGAAUGGUCUUGCAUUGAUAAGACAAGAGAAACGGGACAAUUUUAAAACCUUUUAUGGACUCAAAGAGUUGCAUAAAAACUAUAUAAAAGGUACAAGAAAUGGGCCACUCGUUGUUGACCAUCUUCCAACCGGCAUUGAAAAUAAGUAUCAGGACUGGAGAAAGGUCGCUGAAUCCUACGUUAGGUCAACUGGGCGACGGGACGUUCUUAAUGUUGAUGCAGCUUUAAUCUACAUAAUCAUGCAAUUAAGAGACUCUGUAAGUCAAGACUAUGGCAGCCCAGGAGGUGAUUCAAGACUGUUUUAUAGAGAUCUCUUUGAUCAAAUUGAAAAAGAGUUUCGAUUGAAAGAGAUCAACCCUUUUCGACAUUUCAAUCAAGUUGCAAUGAAAUUCAGUUAUAAUUGUAAGUGUGGAGCUCAAAACGAACCAAUCGACCUUGAAAUGAAUAGUUUGACUGUCGCUCCCAAGUAUCAUGAUGAUCUUGGUGUUAAAUCAUUACAAGAAUUUCUAGAAAGUAGUUUGAUGCUAAGUAAUCAAACUUGUAGCAAAAACAACGAUGGUAUGAUUUGCAACGAACCAAUAGUCGAUGUUUCAAAGCUUGAGUUCAUUAAUGCACCGAAGUAUUUAGUUUUUACGAUCAAAGAUGUAAUUCCAGCCUCUAUCGAAAAUCCUAAAGAUAUUCUCAUGUGUUCUGAGCUGAAAUUUAAAGUUGGACAAACUAAUCAUCGCUAUGAGUUGAAAUCUCAUGGAUUUCAAAUCUCAAAUGAUGUACAGAAAACUCUAAGAGACACCGAACCUCAAGAUGAUGACAGUCAAGAUGGAACUCAUACUUGUGUAAUGAUCAAGACAAAUGACGAGUGGAAAGAGAUCGACAAUAAUAAAGUUCUUGAGCCACUCAGAGUAUACAAGACAAUCAAACAGCGAAUGCUAAUUUUUUAUCGUAGAAUCGAUUGACUGACCCAACAUAAUAUUCAUGAUAUCUAACGAUAAUAAUGAGAAUCAAUCAGUCUUUCAUAUUCUGUUGUGUUGAAUUUCAUAUUUUAACUUACCAAUUAACUUCAGUAACAUAUAACUACUCAUUUAUUUUGUGUUCUUCAUUUGAUCUCUUUUUAUAUUUUGUAUCAUUAAAGAUAAUUGUUAUCGAGAAA